AUGGAUGGAUACCAGGACGAGUAUAUGGUGAAAAUCCUGGGAAGCAAACAGUUUUUUGAGUCCUAUUAUUAUGCAUCUAUUGCUUCAUUUGCUGACAUCAAUCGGGAUAUUGCUGGAGUAAAAGAACUUUCGUCCUUUUUAGGAAAUGGUUACUGCCGCAGUGAAGCCGUUAUGGCGGUGUUUUUGCAGAAAAGCGAAGACUGCCGGAGAAUCUAUACAACAGUCGUCCACUGCAAAGCCAAUACAGACGGAUACAAAGAACAGGGCAUCACAUUCCCUUCAGGUCAACGCCAAAAAGAGUUGAUGCAAGAUGUCUACCAGGAAACUGGCAUUGACCCAACUGACAUUUCAUACGUAGAAGCCCAUGGAACAGGUACAAAGGUUGGGGAUCCUCAAGAAACGAACACCGUCUCUGAAGUUUUCUGCAAAGAUCGAUCUGGCCAACUCCUCAUUGGAUCAACCAAGUCAUGCAUGGGGCACGCAGAGGCGGCGUCGGGUCUCACUUCUCUUGCCAAAAUCAUUAUUGCAAUGGAGGAGCGAGUGAUCCCACCAAAUCUCCAUUACAAUAAACCCAAUCCAGAGAUCCCGGGCCUUUCUGACGGCAGUUUGCAAGUUGUUACAGAAUGUACCAAGUGGGAUGGUGGUCUCAUUGCGCAAAACUCCUUCGGUUUCGGCGGAGCAAAUGUCCAUGUUGUCUACAGGUAG